GAACGGCGAGAAGACUAGAACACCGUCGAAGCCCAUAUGACCACCUACCUACUUAGCUUCACCGUCACUGGGUGGGAUGAUGCUUCCGCAGCACAUUUGGACGCUCUCGUAACAAUCCCUCGUCGCGCAUCGGUGUCUUACUAAUCAGCUCGAUCGCAAGAAGCUUUUCGGGUUCUAAUUCCUUGCUUCAGAUCUUAUCAAGAAUCAGUUCCUUUAACCAACGCCGACUUUUUGUCUUUCUUCAAAUGCAGACUUGUUCUGGUGAUUUUGGGUUAUUGACUUCUUCUGUGUAUGGGAAUUUUGAGCUUCAAUGGAGGCAAUGCCAAGAUGAUUGCUUGCUCCUCUUUGAGAACUUGUCCAAAGCAUGUUUUGCGCUUAAGUCGUCGCCUUUGUGGACAAAUGGGGAGGAGUAUUUGUGACAUGACGCCUUCCUGUGCAUGCUUUCAUGUGUUUUCUGGGUAUUCCAGGCCAAAGUAUAUUCAUCUGAAUGGAUCUGAAGUGCCAAACUCUGUAACUACUACUGGCUUUAAAGAGAGCCAAGGUGGAUGUUUUGGAUCCUGCAUCUCCAAGCAUGGGCGAGUCAUGCGGUCUUUAGUGAUUGGAGAUUCAGUUGGUGGUACAAUUCCUCAAAAAGGACACUUUUCAAUAUCAACAGUAUGUGACGGUAUCAAUGCCAAACUAUUGUUUACAGAGCAAGGGAUGCCUAGGAAAGUUAGAUAUAGUGUGCGCCGUUUUUCUUGGCCUCGAGGGCAUGCCUCUGCUGGUUUGCUUCUUGGGCUAUUGGUUUGUUAUUCAAGUUUGGAACCAGUGCAUGCUGAAGCAGCCAAUGAUAAUGGGAAAGAGGGAAAUUGCAAGGACUUGUCAUGUGCAAAACUUUCGCAUGGGAAGAAGGUCUAUUCUGAUUACUCUGUCACUGGCAUACCUGGAGAUGGCAGAUGUUUAUUUCGUUCUGUUGCUCAUGGGGCCUGUCUUCGGUCCGGAAGACCAGCUCCGAGCGAGAGCCUUCAGAGAGAACUUGCGGAUGAAUUACGGGGUUUAGUUGCUGAUGAGUUCAUCAAAAGACGGGAAGAGACAGAAUGGUUUGUUGAAGGUGAUUUUGAUACGUAUGUCUCGCAAAUGAGGAAGCCACAUGUAUGGGGAGGUGAGCCUGAAUUGCUCAUGGCAUCUCAUGUUCUCAGGAUGCCUAUCACGGUAUACAUGUACGAUAAGGAUGCAGGAGGCCUUAUAUCAAUAGCCGAGUAUGGCCAAGAAUACGACAAAGAGAAUCCCAUAAGAGUUCUGUACCAUGGUUCUGGCCAUUAUGAUACUUUGCUAAUUCCUGGCAAGAAGGAUGUGAAGUCGGGACUUUAACUAUUGAACUAUCAGCACAAUGAAGGUACUCAUCUACUUAAAGGUUUUAUCUGAACGACUAGAUUCCUUGAGAAAGCGAGCUCCACAAUCUCAUUCAUUGUUGUCUUACUCAAUGGGAAAAAUAGAAAGAGCUGAGCAUUAAUCUCUGUGAACUUUUGUACGUUAGGAAUGUACUAUUUAUUUGAGGAGGAUGGCGGCCAUGGCUGUCGAAGCAAAUAACGUUUGAGUAUACCAUAUGGUGAUAGUCUACACCGAACAUUAGCUAGUUUGGAUAUCAUCGAUCUAGGAGAGGCUUUGCGUGAACUUUCGGGCCGGAUAAACAAAAAGAUUCGCACUCUUUUCCUG